AUGUCUUAUCCUCUUUCCCUUCCCUGUUCUUCUCAAACUCAUCCUUCCAUCAUCACCAACAUGGCCACCGUUUCAUCUGCAUCUGCAUGUCUUCCUUCCCACAUCAUAAAAAAGCCACUAGGAUUUCACCCUUCAACCCUCCAAAACAAGACUUUCUCCAAGUCUAAUGCAUCCACUCCCACCUUCACAUGCAAGGCAUCAUCAUCAUCAUCAUCUAUGGUAGACUUUGACUUGUAUGAGCUUCUGGGCAUAGACAGCUCGUGUGAUCAGUCAGAGGUGAAAGUGGCAUAUCGCUCUCUUCAGAAGCGCUGCCACCCUGACAUUGCUGGCCCUGCUGGUCAUGACAUGGCCAUCAUACUUAAUGAAGCUUAUGCCAUUCUCUCUGACCCAAAUGCACGCCAUGCUUAUGAUAAGGAACAAGCAAAGAGUUCAGAAUUCAAAGGCUUCACUGGAAGACCCAUAUACUCUGUUUGGUGUGGAUCAGAAAGUGAGCAGCGGGCAAUAUUUGUUGACGAGAUCAAAUGUGUUGGCUGCCUGAAAUGUGCACUGUUAGCUGAAAAGACUUUUGCUGUUGAAUCAGUUUAUGGAAGAGCAAGGGUUGUUGCUCAGUGGGCUGAUUCCCCACAAAAGAUUGAUGAGGCAAUAGAAUCUUGUCCUGUUAAUUGCAUUUCGGUUGUUGAAAGGUCCAACCUUGCAGCUUUGGAGUUCUUGAUGUCCAAGCAGCCACGUGGCAACGUAAGAGUAGGUGCAGCUCAUACAGCCGGUGCUCGUGUCGCUAACAUUUUUGUAGAUGUGGAGAAAUUUCAGACUAGAUUCCAGGAAGCAAAGGAAAAAGCUUCUAAGAGUUCUAAGGAAACAGACCUCCAAAGAGAAUCAAGAAUGUCUGCAAUUCAGGCAAUAAGAUCGAUUUCCAAUUGGUUAUACUGGCAAUCACCUGGUGCAAGUAGUAACUCAUCAAAAUCUGAAAAAAGCAUGACAAGAGUUGUAUAUAAAUUGCCUGAACCGGAUAUCGGCAAGCUCAGGGACGCAGCUGCAAGGAAGAAAAUCAGAGAAAGGACAAGGACCAAACGUCAAACCCCAUUAAAUUGCAUUCAUCCAGAGGAUUAUUGGACUCCAUCAACUCAUGCCCUUCCUUCUUCAACUAGAACUACUACUACUCCAGUUCCACCUGAGAAGCCUUCAGUCACUACUAAAGUACAAAAUAACACGAACGAAACUGAUCAUGAAACAUAUGAGAAUCAAAAUAGCCCUAUUAGAUGGGGACUACCAAUGGUUACUGCAUUGACUGCAGUUGUUACAGUUCAAGUACAAACAGUUGGGUCAACACAAGAGUUGCAACAACAUGUGGGUGGUUCUCUUGCUCUGGACAUUGUUAACAGCUCUUGGUUGCAGUGUAUGCUGGCAGCAGCAACAUGGUACAUGAUUGGAAUGGCAACUACAGAACUUCUGGCCUUAAUUGGAAAUAAAAAUCGAUAA